AUGAUGAUGGAUAACGGGGUGAUGACAAAUAACUAUGACGGGAGUUAUGGGGACGGGUAUAUGGAACAAGAGGAGGAGUGGGAGCGUGAGGGUCUCUUAGACCCGGCAUGGGAGAAACAACAGAAAAAGACAUUUACAGCAUGGUGCAACAGUCAUCUCCGCAAAGCCGGUACAGGCAUCGAAAACAUCGACGAAGACUUCCGCAAUGGACUGAAACUCAUGUUGCUUUUGGAGGUCAUAUCUGGUGAGACCCUGCCCAAACCAGACCGCGGCAAGAUGCGCUUCCACAAGAUCGCCAACGUCAACAAGGCCCUGGACUUCAUAGCGUCGAAAGGCGUUAAGCUGGUUUCCAUCGGAGCUGAGGAAAUCGUAGAUGGUAACCUUAAAAUGACGCUUGGUAUGAUCUGGACUAUUAUCUUGAGGUUCGCCAUCCAGGACAUCUCAGUAGAAGAAAUGACCGCUAAGGAAGGUCUCCUUCUAUGGUGUCAACGCAAGACAGCACCAUACAAGAACGUCAAUGUGCAGAACUUCCACCUGUCGUUCAAGGAUGGUCUCGCGUUCUGCGCCCUCAUUCACAGACACAGACCAGACCUCAUCGACUACAGCAAACUCUCGAAGGACAACCCUCUCGAGAACCUGAACACCGCCUUCGAUGUCGCCGAGAAGUAUCUGGAUAUUCCACGCAUGUUGGAUCCAGAUGACCUAAUAAACACCCCCAAGCCGGAUGAGCGCGCUAUUAUGACCUAUGUGUCAUGUUACUACCACGCCUUCCAAGGCGCGCAACAGGCUGAAACCGCCGCGAACCGUAUCUGCAAAGUUCUCAAAGUCAACCAAGAGAACGAACGUCUUAUGGAAGAGUACGAGCGUCUAGCCAGCGACCUACUGGAAUGGAUCCGUCGCACGAUGCCAUGGUUGAACAGCAGACAGACGGACAACUCACUAGCUGGUUGCCAGAAGAAACUUGAAGACUACCGUACUUACAGGCGUAAACACAAACCACCUCGUGUAGAACAGAAAGCCAAGCUCGAGACGAACUUCAACACUCUGCAAACAAAAUUGCGUCUUAGUAACAGGCCCGCCUACAUGCCCACAGAAGGCAAGAUGGUUUCUGACAUCGCCCAAGCCUGGAAGGGUCUCGAAAUCGCAGAGAAGGCCUUCGAAGAAUGGCUCCUAAGCGAAAUGAUGCGCCUUGAGCGUCUCGAGUAUCUCGCGCAAAAGUUCAAGCACAAGGCUGACAUCCACGAAGACUGGACAAGAGGCAAAGAAGAGAUGCUUCAGUCACAAGAUUUCCGUCAGUGCAAGCUAUACGACAUUAAGGCUCUAAAGAAGAAGCACGAGGCCUUCGAAUCAGAUCUUGCCGCGCAUCAGGAUCGCGUUGAACAAAUCGCUGCUAUUGCACAGGAGCUUAACACUCUGGAGUACCACGAAGUAGCGAGCGUGAACGCCCGUUGUCAACGCAUCUGCUCGCAGUGGGACAGGCUUGGUGCACUUACACAAAGACGUCGCGCGGCCCUGGACGACGCUGAGCGUGUCCUUGAGCAAAUCGACCUGCUACACUUGGAAUUUGCUAAGAGGGCGGCGCCAUUCAACAACUGGUUGGACGGCACACGCGAGGACUUGGUGGACAUGUUCAUUGUUCACACCAUCGAGGAGAUCUCUGGUCUUAUGGAUGCGCACGCGCGCUUCAAGGCCACUCUUGGAGAGGCUGACAAAGAAUACCAGGCAAUAGUGAACUUAGUACACCAAGUGGAAUCCAUCGUCAAGCAACACCAAAUCCCUGGAGGUCUGGAAAACCCCUACACCACCUUAACAGCACAUGAAUUGAACCGCAAAUGGUCAGACGUCAGGCAGCUGGUGCCACAACGUGACGGUACACUUGCUGCAGAACUCCGCAAACAACAAAACAACGAGAACCUUCGUCGCCAGUUCGCGGAGAAGGCCAACGCUGUUGGACCCUGGAUCGAGAGGCAAAUGGAUGCUGUUACAGCUAUCGGCAUGGGUCUACAGGGCUCUCUGGAAGACCAACUUCACCGGCUGAAGGAGUACGAGUCCGGCGUAUACGCAUACAAGCCUCACAUUGAAGAAUUAGAGCGAAUCCAUCAAGCUGUCCAGGAGGGCAUGAUCUUUGAGAACAGAUAUUCACAAUACACAAUGGAAACACUCCGCGUAGGAUGGGAACAGCUCUUGACAUCUAUCAACCGCACCAUCAACGAGGUAGAAAAUCAAAUCUUGACACGCGACUCCAAAGGAAUCACACAGGAACAACUCACCGAGUUCAGAGCUUCGUUCAACCACUUCGACAAGAACCGUACAGGACGUUUGGCACCUGAGGAGCUGAAAUCUUGCCUGGUGUCUCUCGGCUACAGCAUCGGCAAGGAUAGGCAAGGAGAACUCGACUUCCAACGCAUCCUUGCUGUCGUUGAUCCCAACAACACUGGUUACGUGUCCUUCGACGCAUUUUUGGACUUCAUGACGAGGGAAUCCACAGAUACUGACACCGCUGAACAAGUAAUUGACAGCUUCAGGAUUCUGGCUGGUGACAAGCCAUACAUAACAGCGGAGGAGCUUAGGCGUGAGUUGCCCCCAGACCAGGCAGAGUACUGCGUACCUCUAGAUCACUGCACCAUGAAAAAGGGUAGAGACCUGAGGAAUAACAAAGAUCUGCUCCGCCACAGAAACUACGAUUUACUAACAUGGCGGAUUAUUUAG